AUGAUCCCCAGCGUCCACAUUUGCCCCUGUGUCGACGAAGGAGCUCUUGGCAACAGCAUCCUUGAGAAAAUCACUCGACAUCACCGACUAACCCGACUAAAACCAACUAACACCGACCAGCACCGACAACCGCACCGACCAGCACGACAACAACACCAACACACAACCGACUACACAACACCGCAACACCUCUACACACCUCCAAAGACCACUCGACAACACCGACCAGAAAUCACUCGACAUCACCGACUAACACCGACUAAAACCAAACUAACACCGACCAGCACCGACAACACGACAACACCAACCAACACCAACCAACACCGCCAACACCACCUCUACACACCUCCAAAGACCACUCGACAACACCGACCAACACCAACAACACCAACCAACACGCCAACACCACCUCUACACACCUCCAAAGACACUCGAGACACUCACCGACAUCACCGACUAACACCGACAACACCACCUCUACACACCUCCAAAGACCACUCGACAACACCGACCAACACCGACAACAACCCCGACCCAAGAUGGACCUUCGCGUCAAAACGGAUCCCGACUCACAGAUACCCAAAUGCUGUUUGA